AAGUGCUACCCGGUACACCCACGCACCGCUGCUGCGCCUAGUCGUUUACUUCCAGUCCAACAUCGAUUUCGCAUCCCUGCCACACCGUUUUUUCUCUUUCCCUUCUUCUCUACUCUAUCCCUCCCUUCCCUUUCCCUUACCCUUACCUUUCCUACACCUUGUUAUUUUCCUCUACGUGUUAUCAUCCCUUGGGACCUUUCCUACCAAAUCCCAAUUCCCUCCUAUCACACUCCUCUCUUUUCUUUCCCUUUCUCUCUCAUCGAACCUUUUCUUCUAUCUUCUUUUAUUCGUUUACCAUUUAAUCCCACGCUCAACAAGACGUACUUUUCCACCAAUUUAAUUUCUCCGAUCACGUUUGUCCGAUUAUAAUUCAAUGCACAAAUGUUGAUCCUUCGAUUAGGACGAUAUUUUUACUAGGAUAUUUUCUCAAUGAGCAUAUACCAUUAAGCUAAGUAUUUUCUUUAAUAUCGUAUUACUUUCUACCAUAUUUCAAGAUAUUACGAUGACUAGGAUAAUUUGUAAUAUUUCAGUAUUAUACGCAAUAGAAAUGGUAGAAUUAUCGAAUAUUGUACAUAUAAUUAAAAAUUUAUAAACAUUGAUAUCGUGAAAAUGUCGCGAUAGACUUUAUCGACAGAGGAUCACGAAUACGAUACAACUGCCAUCUUUGUUACUCCAAGUAAUAUACGUAUUAAAUUUUCUUCUUUUACCUUAUAUUGCGUAUAUUAACAGCACCAUAUUUAAUAAAAUAAAUAAAUGUUAACGUUAUUUAUAUAAACAUAAUCAACGAGAAAGUAUGGUGACUUUAGUGUAAUUUGUAUUUUUGGCUAAAAACAUACGUGAAUUUCUUUGUAUACAUGUUCGAUAAUUGGGUAACAUUUACGAAGAGGAAAAAUUGCCCAAUUACUGUUCGCGUGUUUACGUUUGGGAAAUACCCAAUGUCAGAUGUAGAAAGAGAAUAGAAUCGUUCUUUGAUUAGAAUUACGUAGGAUAUUCAAUCGGAAUGUAUUAUGUGAUCAUAAGACGUAAUGUGUAUUCGUUAAUAGAAUAAGAUUAUAAUAUAAUUACAAGAUUAUUUUUAAAAUGUGAUAUACAAUUCAUUCAAAGCGCACUGUUGUCUACGUUGACAAUAGCGAGACAAGUUAAAACAUGCAUCGAUGGUUUGUUAAGUAAACACACAGAUCUGUUACAUUGCUAUGAGAAGUUUUCAUCAUGGAAGAUUUAAAAUAUAAAUUCUUGAGUUUUAUUAAUAAGCAGAACACAACCAAAGUUCCAUUUAUGGGUUUAAAUCCAGAUUUCUUAGGAACACCAUUACAGAAAUACGAAGAUUUACAAUCUGAAACUGGACAGUCCACUGAAAGUGAACAUGUUCCCGAUCAAGAGAUAUUGGAAUCUAUAGAAAAUAUUUACUUUAGGAAAGAUGAAGACUUUGAUCCUGGUAGACAUGAAUUAGAAAAGCAACCAAGAAUAUUCCAGUCAAAGGAAAUAGAAAAACGUUAUAAGAAACUUAAACAACAGCAUCAAGUUGUAUCAAAAAAAUUACUGCAGUUAAUUUUGCAAAAGCAAAAUGCAUGUGAAGAAGAAUUUGAUAAUAUUUUAGUUAUACAAGAUCAACUUCAGAAUAUGUUGGCAAUAUGUAGAAUGGGAAGACAGGAUUUAAAAGUAGCUAAGGAACAGUUUACAAAAGCUAUUUUAGGAAUAUUAGCAAAUUACAAGAAACGUCAAGUCAUUGAAAAAUUACUAAAAAAUGUAGAUACUAUAAAAGGUCUUCAACGUAUGGGAGAUCAACUGAAAGAACUUUUGAGUAAAAAAAAUUAUCCAGAUGCAAUUUCACUUCUUUUAAAAUGUCGAAGAGAUGCACAGACAUACAAGCACUUUAAAUGCAUUGCUGCUUUAAAUGGAAAAUUACAAGACAUUUUGGAACAAACUGAAAGGACUUUAGAUGAUACUCUUUCUAAAAUGUGUACUGACUUUGAUAAUACUGUAUAUACAUCAAUACAAGAAGCUUAUAUGUUAUUAGGAAAGACACAGACAGCAGUGGAUCAAAUGAAUUUGCAUUUUACUGCUGCUAUUCAUAAUACAGCAUCUGCUGUGAUUCGUUCGUAUACUGAAAAGGAUACACAGAGACAUUAUAUACAACUAUGUCAAUCUGUACCAAAAGAUAGAUGUGUUGCUUGUUUAAUAGAACUUUGUACGUCACUAUGGAACAUACUGAUCUCUUACUGCCGAGUUAUUUGUUGGCAUAAUAAACAUGAAAAUAAUAAAAAAAGUAAUUCAGAUGAAAAAGAUUUUGAAAAGAUGUUUAGUAAUCAAUAUGUCAAGCAUAAGUUAGAAAAUAGUAUUAUGCGAAUGUGGUCAGAAGUAGAAGCACAAAUAUCAAUGUAUCUAUCAAAUGCUGACUUGGUAUAUAUUAAGUUCGAACAGUUUGUACAUGUCUUAGGAAUAGUUAAUCGUUUAAUGGAACUUGGAGAAUUAUCUGGCUAUAAAUUUGGAAGAUUGCAAGAAUCUAUGAAAAAACAAUCUCUAUUAUAUCUUUCACAUUAUAAUAUAUCUCGUUUGGAUGAACUUCGAAUAUUUCUUGAAUAUGAUGGAUGGGAAUUGUGUCCUGUGAAACCAGAUUUUGUAGCAACUGAAUUGCAAGAAUUCAAAAGUUUAAAACCUAUAUUAAACAAAUCUAAAGUAUGCAAUGGUUUGGAUACUUCUAUCACGAGUGAAAUUGAAACUCCUGUAGGCAUUGAAUUGUUAUUACAACAAUAUUUAGAAUAUGGCACAUCACCUUUUACUGUUGGACUUGAUGACACUAUGGAAGAAGAUAUUUUAGCUCAUAAUGAGGAUUUUUCUGACGAUUCUGAUGACGAUGAAUUAAAACGCGAGUAUGUUGAUGAAUCAGAACAUACCAAAGUAAAUAAAAAGAAGUUUAAACAUAAACACAGUGGACCAAUGGUCACAAAUACAACUUUAACCAUUUUGAGAGUAUGUGGAAAAUAUUUGCAAAUGUCAAGGCUUUUAAGAUCAAUUGCAGUUGCAGUUAUACAAAGUAUGAUCCAAUUUUUUGAAAUUUACUUCUACACAGUGCAUUUAUUUUUCACUGCAGAUCUUCAAAUAAACAGUGAAUCUAUGUAUAGUCCACGAUUAAAAUUAUUACUUAAUCGUAUAAAAGACAACUUAAUAAUUAGUGAAAAUGAUACAGAUGAUAAUGCAAAUUCAAAUUGUAAUAAUAAAGUGAGGCAGCCACAUUUGUCUUCUAGCGUAACUUUGACACAACCUGAAAAUCUUUAUGGAUUAACUGAACGUAUUGUAGCUGUUGAAUCAUUGAUAUUUUUAGGACAACAGUAUGAAAACUUAAAACCUUAUUUAGAGCACCUCCUUGGGAGUAGUCCACAAAGAGGAUUUUUACAUCAUUUUUAUGCACAUACGAUUGUAUGUACUACAGAUUUAAGAAAACCAGUUUAUAUGGCAGUAGUAUCACAAGCAUUUGAUAUAGCCAAUAUUUUAAAUUUAAUGAAUAAAGUCAAUUGGGAAGUAACAGAUGUCAUGUCUCAACAUAGUAAUUAUAUCGACACUUUAUUGGAGGAGAUAAACGUAUUAAAUAAAAAAUUGAAUAACAUCGCAAACUUUAUUCCUCUGUCUGAUGAAGUUCAUGCUUCCAUAUGGGAAAAUGUUGCACAUUUAAUUACACAUACUUUAGUAGAAGGCUUCUCCUGUGCAAAAAAGUGCACAAAUGGUGGAAGAGCAUUAAUGCAACUUGAUUUUACACAACUAAAAUCAAAGUUUGAAGAAUUAUCAUCAACUUUAAAACCAAUGCCACAUAAAAAUUAUGUAGAAUCGUAUAUUAAAGCUUAUUAUUAUCCAGAAAAUAGUUUGGAAGAAUGGAUCAAAGAGCAUAAGGAAUACUCAGUAAAACAUUUAAUAGGAUUAAUUUCUUCAGCCUGUCAAAAUAACAAAAAAACACGUCAGCGCUUAAUUGCCAGUGUAGACAAUGAACAAAGACCUUGUAGAUAGCAUCAAAUAAUACAUUAUAGUACAGCACAAGAUUUUGUUGAAAUAGAGAUUAUCUAAAAAAGGUAUAAUAUCAUCUAUAUAUACAUACAUGUGUGCGUGCGUGUGUGUGUAGAACUAAUAUAUAUAUGUUAGAGAUAGAGAGAAAGAGAGAGAGAGAGAAACACAUACACACACACACGCGCAAUAUUAUUAGUAAUUAUUAAGAACGAUUAUUCUCGAAAAUACGAUAUAUUAAAUCUUAAAUUGUUUUACUUCAUUAUGAAUUUAAUGAAUAUAUUUAACGCAUAAUUAUUUUUACAGUACAUUUUAUUAACUAAAGGCACUUUUUACUAUAUAAAUGUGUAGAAUAGUUUUAUUCCAACAGUAAUGUUUAAGAUGAUUUUGUUUAUUUAGGUCUAAAUGAGGCGUUUUUUAAUUAUUUUUAUUGUUUUGUUGUUAUUAAUCAUUUAAGUGAAUAGACUAAAAUGAAUCUCUGUAAUACAAAAAAUAGAUAUUUAACAUAAUAUUAUUUAUAUAAGGUAAAAAUAUUUGCGCUAACAAAAUGACAAAUGCAUUGUAAUUAUAAUAUAAAGUGAUACGAGCUUUUUAUUUGACUAUAAAAAAGUAUUAAGACUUUCAAAAAAUUAACAUUAAACAAAAAUAGAUCUGCAUACUCCACUGAUAUCAUGUAUGUACAUGUAUAAGUGCAUAAUCUGAAUUUAUCAUUGAUGGUUUCAGAAUCUUAAUGACUAUAAUGUGAAUCUCAAAAAAAAUAUGUGAAUUCAUAGGAAAAAAAUAUGUGGGUUACUUUUUUCUCAAAUAUAAAGUUUAAUUAUACUAUAUAAUAAAUUAAGGUAACAGUGUUGUACAGAUAUAAGAUACAUAUAUGCAAAAUCAUGUAUUUUGUAUGAUCCUUGCGACUAGAUAAUCAUAAUAAUCAUGCUAAUUGCAAUUUAAUUAAUAUUUGAAAUAAUUUAAUGAAGUAUUAAUGAAUUAAUAACAAGUUACUACAGGCAUAAUUGUUAUAAUUAUAAGAUAAAUGAAUCAUUUUAAAAGGAAUCAUAUAAAUAUAUGUUUGUGUUA